AUGGAACAGUCUACUGCUUCUUCGGCAUCGACCCGAAGACGACAGAAAUUGAGGAUAAAAUGGUCGACCAAAUACGAGAUUGACUAUGGCAGCCAUUCGUAUGCUGGUCCAAGCUCAGGGCACUCGCCUGGCAUUGGUGAUUCACCAUCUUCUCAAUCUUACACCGACAAGGCCCUUAUACUGUACUCCCCGCAGGAAGAGUCCGCCAAGCUUUUAACACACUACUUCAAAUCAGCAUGCGAGGUUCUAUCCUCGUUUGACUCACCUAACAACCCUUACCGCUCGGAUCUGCUAGAAUUUAUACGGAACUCCCCGAUCGUCUUCAAUAGUGCCUUGAGUGCGUCGGCAGCCCAUUUAAGCCAGCAAGAGCAUGACACCUCUUUAAUACCUUUGACUUUCCAGACAGAAGCUAUUUCACAUAUAUCUAGGGAGCUCGCCGAAAUACAUGUUGCACAACACACAUUGGCUCCUCUCCGCCCCUCAACAACGCCAACCAUAAGAGAUGACCUGAUGCUGGGCAUCACCCUCAUUGGCAUGACCUCUAGCUGGCACGAUCCUUCUUCUCUCGGCCUGUGCCAUUUUCAUGGUGCUCGCCAAGUAUUCAGUAUUUGGAUGAAUCAAUUCGACCUCACGGACCUUCAGUUACCAUCUUACCGCAUCCAGCGCUUAAUAGCUUCAUCCAUGAUCUAUUGGGAAGUUAUGGCCUCUUGCUUGAUUGAUCAAGAGGUUGGCGCACUCUCAUAUCUCGACGUAUUCUCCGCUCUGCCACCUUCGACCUUUUGUUAUCCGUGUCCAUGGACCGGAGUCGGCACGAAUAUUCUGAUCCACCUCGCCAAAUGCAUGGCAUUAGUACGGCAGAAACGACAUCUGAGUUCAUACAACUUUUCGAUGGGUGAUGAUAUAGAUGCCUCAAGCCGCAUCCUCGAUUUAGUCACUCAAGCUUUUACUCUGAGUCUGGACAUAGACCACUGCCAAAUACCAGUUCCUGAAGCCAUACCCAAUACCGGCGACUACAGGACCCCGUCGGAUCAUCUCUGUAAGAUAGCCAAGUGCUAUCAGCUGGUUGCUCGUCUUGAGCUUGACCGAGCAUUUCCUGAAGUCACACAAUGCAUACAUGAUGAUCAAAAUCGUGAUGCAAUACUCUCACAGCAUAUCUUAAAGCUUGCACUGAAGAUGUUAGAAAUCAUGAAGGCAAUUCCCGAGGAUUCCCGAACUAUUGCCAUUCAGACCAUCAUAUUCCUGGUAGCAGGAAGUGCACUUGGAAUGAGUUCAGAUGCAAACACCAUUAUCAGAGCCUUAGUCGCAGGCUGGAGGAGAUUCGUGCUUGAGAGACUGCAUAAGUCAUUCUUAUCUCUCAAACUCCAGACGAUUAAUAGGGCAGCUACUGUGCUUCAGAGGGUCUGGGCACGGAUGGACUCAACGGCCAUGGAGGGGCCUGAUGAUAAGAGUCCAAUUUUACGCGUGCAUUGGAUUGAUGUUAUGGAAGAAGAUGGACUGGAGACUAUUCUAGGAUAA